UUGGAGCAGAAACCUGACUCUCGAGCAUUACAACACAGGUUUUUACCACUUGAGCUAUGGGACUGACAACUCUAAUUGGUAGCAGGAGAAGACUUAUUCCCUGAGGGCUGAGAAAGGAAUAUGCUGCUGGCGCCAUGUGUUGAGCCUGGGUGUGGGGGAAGAUAGCAACUUAGAAGAAGCAGGAUAAAAAAGAGACUAUGUUCAGCUUCUUCCGAAAAAGCCAAGAGUCAAAGAAGAUUACAGUGCCAGAGAGAGAAGCAGAUGGAUUUGUUAUCGUGGGUGACACAAUUGAUGAUCAUAACAGAGAAUCAAAGGAUAAAACUUCAUUUCCAGAGACCAGACCAAAUUACAACCAACCUCCACAGCUAAACACAGGGCACAGAUCGCAGCUGACUCCAUCAAGCACAGAGGUGGGAAAUGAAAGGAGCCAAAAUUUGGAAGGCAGCUCUUUGAUGUCAGAUCUCCUGAGUGAUGUCCCCUUUGCCCUGGCACCACAUGUGUUAGCAGUGCAGGGCACCCGGAGCGACGUUCCUGACCGGCUGCUCACCUACGACGUCACUGAGAGCUUAUCAAGGUUUUGGUAUGACUUCACACUUGAAAAUUCAGUGCUUUGUGACCCAUAAUGCUUGCUUUAUUUUAGUUUUUAACCCUGUCUGGUGUCAAGGAACAAGUCUUAAGGUAGAAGAUAAAGACUGAUUUAAUCGAGGUAACAUUUUGGGGGCCUGCCGCUGGCAGUGCAUCAAAAGGAUUGUUAUGCACAACUGUUGUUAUGCUUCUCGGCUUUAAGUGAGCUGUAACUUAACCGUGCUAAAUAUUUCUCUUUGUUGCCAAAGAAAAGGGGCAAAACUCUGUCAGCCUGAGCAGGAGACUGGCUGUUGGUGUCUGCUUCCAGUAGGCAGGCUGCAGACGCAUUUCGUAACUUCAAGAUGCAGUCUGCUCACCUCUGUGCUGUUUUGUUGCUUCACUCAGGUCCUUUUACCUGUGUUUAAGAUCACCUCUCAUUUUCUACAGCUAGGAACCAGUAUUAACACUGAAGCAAUGCUGCUUUGCACACCUGGGCAGGCAGCUUUUUGACUUAAACCAAGUUUUAAGACUUCAGAGUGCUUAGAUAAUUACGAAGGCUUACUAGAAUUGGUUAAACUGACCUGUUUCAAAGUGCAGAUCAGUUGCUCUGCUCCCUUCCCAGUAGAUGGUAUUUUUGUCCAUCCCAUUUUGUGCCUGGAGAAGUCCUCCCCUGCCUGCCUGUUGGCUGCUGUUUGUUCUCAGUACCACAUGUGUUCCUGAUUUAUCCCCAGAUCAGCUUUUCCACUUUAACCUCUUUGCCCCCCGAAAGAAGGAAAUCUCAGGACACACAAUUUUAAUGGUCACACCCUUCUUGUUUUAAUUUGUGUGCCAGAGAUACAGAUGGCAAUGUUUAACAACAGGAAAACAUUACAUUGUUUCUUAUCCAGCUAAAUUAAAUGCCUAAGUACCUAAACAUGCCUCCUGACAGACCACUGUGUCCCCUGCUCACAAGCUUGGAGCCUGCUUUUUUCCCCCCAGCCAAAAAACAGAGCUGCUGUUGCAUGCCCAACAGUUCUCUGCUGUACCAUCAUCAUUUGUGGUGAAUAAUGAUCUGUGUCACACAAAAGACUGCACUUGUAGAGAAUUAUUUCUACCCUACCAAAUGUGAGUAGCUGCUCUCAUCUGUUCUCUAUGCUUAGCAUCUCCUUGCAGUGUUUGAGGGAAAUGCUGCAAGUGAUGGAGAAAUGAACAUUGUGAAUGUGUCCUGAGGUUGUUUUUAUGGUUUGGAUGAUUAGAGUUUUUUUUUAAUGCAUGUAUUUAAUGUUUUUGAAGUUGCUGUUUCAGGGCAAGUGUCUGUGGUGCAAUCCAAUAAAUAAUGGCUAAAUAAAAGUGA